AUGGCGGGGCUCGGCUGCCUGGCAUUGCUGCUGCCUGUCCUGCUGGCCUAUGCUGGGGGUCACCCAGUGCCCGGGAAGACAGGUUUCCACAAGCUGUUGCUGAUCUCCUUUGAUGGUUUCCGCUGGAACUAUGACCAGGAUGUGGACACCCCCAACAUGGACCGCCUGGCCAGGGAGGGCGUGAAGGCCAAGUACCUGACGCCUCCUUUCGUGACCAUGACCUCUCCAUCGCACUUCACCACCAUCUCAGGUCGCUGGAUUGAAGACCAUGGAGUCAUCCACAACAUGAUGUUUAACACGGAGACACAGUGGAAAUACUCCUUCAAGACCACCCAGAACAAGACAGAGUGGUGGGACAAUGGUGUGCUUCCCCUCUGGAUCACAGCCCAGAGGCAGGGGAGAAAAACGGCGUCAUUCCAUUACCCCGGAGGAGGGGCCAAGUACCAGGGCGAAGCAGUCCAGAGAUCCCUCGUGGAAUCGUACACCCACCCUGACAGCAACGAGACGGAGUGGAGGGAGAACAUCGACAUCGUCAUGAACUGGUUCACCAAGGAGGACUUUGACUUUGUGACCCUCUACUAUGGAGAGCCAGACAAUGUGGGGCAUCGGGUGGGGCCGGAGACACAGGACAGGAGGGUGAUGAUUCAGCAGAUUGACAGAACCCUCGGGUACCUAGUGGAGGCCAUCGAGAGGCACGGUUUGACCGAGCACCUCAAUGUCAUCAUCACGUCGGACCACGGCAUGACCACGGUAAAGAAGAAGCCUGACGUCACCGAGAUCCUCUUGAGGAACUACAUCAGUUUCAACGACUUGGUCAAGUUUCAUAUUGUGGACUAUGGUGGCUUUGGGAUGCUCCUCCCCAAACCAGGGCAAGAGGAGGCCCUUUACCAGGCACUGAAGGACGCGCAUCCCCACCUCAAGGUCUACAAGAAGGAGGACUUUCCAGAACACUUUCAUUAUGCCAAACAUGAACGGGUGCUGCCCAUCCUGAUGUACGCCGACUCUGGUUACAAUAUUAACGCGCAACUUAUAAUCUAUUUCAACAAAGGAGAUCACGGCUUCGACAAUGCCCUCAUGGACAUGAAGACCAUCUUCAGAGCCUUUGGGCCUGACUUCAAGAAGAAUCACCUGGCAGAGCCUUUUGACAGCAUCCACAUCUACCCCCUGAUGUGCAAGCUCCUGGGAGUGGCCCCCGAACCUCACAACGGCUCUCUGGCGGUCACCCAGGACAUGCUCCUGGACCCUCGUGACCUGCAGUCAGGAGAGGAGACACAGAGGGCAUCCACUCUCCGCAAUACAGGGAUCGGGCUCGGGGUCGUCACAGGCAUUGUCUUGCUUCUGUUCGUCUCCAGUGUGGCAUACACUGCCGUCCGGCGGAAAAAGCAGUGA